UGGACUGUUCUCAUAAUGAUCAGAUAUAUAAUUGUCAUUUUUAUCAUUGUCAUUCUAAAUAAUAACUACUAGUACUAUUAUAGUCUAGCGUAUGUAAUAGAAUUCCCAUUUAAUUAUACUACAAUAAAAUCGAAUAGAUAAAAUACGGAAAAGCAUUUUGGAUAUUUCCAAGCAACACAUCCGCAGACUUGUGAAACAAGGCGCUGACGCAAUAGUGGAUGCAGUUUUCGAAUCGCCUCUGCGGAAUGUAUCACAAAUUAGUUCUGCUGCAGCAAACAAUGAGCGGCUAGAAGUACUCGUACAAAAUUUAUUUAGUAUGGAAGUGGAUGAUUGUCAAGGGAUUGAAGAGCAGCAAAUAGAGAAAGAAGCAGAGCAGAAUUUUCAAGAGGAAGAACGGGAGCUAGAAGGGAUAUCGAUUGAUGACGAUUUUGAAAUAUAUGCGCAAAACGAUCAAAGUGCACAAGAUAUAACAGACAAGUCUGAUAGUGAUAACGAUAAUCUUAAAGAAGAGAAUUUGAAAGAAUUUCUUUCUAAUUGGUCUGUUCAGUAUAACAUAUCACACAUAGCGUUGCGAUUAUUGCUGCGAAAAUUGAAACAAUACUCUGUUCAUGCAAAUCUGCCCUUGAAUCCGCCGGUCAUUAUUACGUACUCCGAGAACUACAGAAAUAAGAAUUGUUUCUCCCGGAAAAUAUUUCCACUUGGGCCUGUCAAAGGGAAUCGAAUCUAUUAUAAAGCGAGAUAAUUUACAAGCAUA